AGCCAAGACUUAGACUUGGAACAGCCAGAGCAGGAGACUGGCAGGACUCUGCGCUCAGCAUGCAGGCUCUCAACAUCACCGCGGAGCAGUUCUCCCGGCUGCUGAGCGCGCACAACCUGACUCGGGAGCAGUUCAUUCAUCGCUACGGGCUGCGGCCGCUGGUCUACACUCCGGAGCUGCCGGCGCGCGCUAAACUAGCCUUUGCGCUGGCAGGAGCACUCAUUUUUGCCCUGGCUCUCUUUGGCAACUCUCUGGUCAUCUAUGUGGUGACCCGCAGCAAGGCCAUGCGCACCGUCACCAACAUCUUCAUCUGCUCUCUGGCACUCAGUGAUCUGCUCAUUGCCUUCUUCUGCAUCCCCGUCACGAUGCUCCAGAACAUCUCUGACAAGUGGCUGGGUGGUGCCUUCAUCUGCAAGAUGGUGCCAUUUGUCCAGUCCACUGCUGUUGUGACAGAAAUCCUCACCAUGACUUGCAUUGCUGUUGAGAGGCACCAAGGCAUAUUACAUGUUUUCAAAAUAAAUCGAUCUAUAUUUAACCAGAGAACAAAGCCUCUGAUGGGAGUGGUCUGGUUGGCGGCCAUCAUCGUUGGAUCACCCAUGUGGCAUGUGCAACGCCUUGAGAUUAAGUAUGACUUCCUAUAUGAAAAAGAACAUGUCUGCUGCUUGGAAGAAUGGGCCAGCCCCAUGCACCAGAGAAUCUACACCACCUUCAUCCUCGUCAUCCUCUUCCUCCUGCCUCUUUUGGUGAUGCUUGUCCUCUACAGCAAGAUUGGCUAUGAACUGUGGAUCAAGAAGAGAGUUGGAGACAGUUCAGCGCUUCAAACUAUCCACGGGAAAGAAAUGUCCAAAAUAGCCAGGAAGAAGAAGCGAGCUGUCAUUAUGAUGGUGACAGUGGUGGCUCUCUUUGCUGCGUGCUGGGCACCUUUCCAUGUUGUUCACAUGAUGGUCGAGUACAGUAAUUUUGAAAAAGAAUAUGAUGAUGUCACAAUCAAGAUGGUUUUUGCUGUCGCACAAACAAUUGGCUUUUUCAACUCCAUCUGUAAUCCCUUUGUGUAUGCAUUUAUGAAUGAAAACUUCAAAAAGAAUUUUUUGUCUGCGGUUUGCUAUUGCAUAGUAAAAGAAACCUUCUCCCCAGCACGGAAGCCUGGGAAUUCUGGAAUUUCAAUGAUGCAGAAGAGAGCAAAGUUAUUGCGACUAAAGUGUCCAGUGGAGGAAACCAAAGGAGACGCAUUUAGCAAUGCCAAUAAUGAUGUCAAAUUGUGUGAGCAGCCGGGGGAGAAAAGGCAGCUCAAGCGACAGCUUGCCUUCUUCAGUUCUGAACUUUCUGAAAACUCUACUUUCGGCAGUGGACAUGAAUUGUAAUGGCAUCUUCAUAAUUAAUAUCAUUUGUAUGGAAAGUUAUUUUGAGCAAAGGUCAGGAAUAUUUUUUAAAUGACAAGAAGAGAAACAAGACAUGUUUUCCAUUUAAAUGGAAAUAAUAUAUAGCAUUGUAACUGAAAAAUUAUUAUAACAGCUUUGUAGAUUUUUAAAGUAGAUUUAUGAAAGACUUUGUACAUAAUAAAGCAAUGGUUUUGGAAGUAGUUUUAUCCAUGUAGUCAAUGUAAUGUGACUUUUGUGUAUUGCUAAGCUGGAUGAAAAAUUAUUAAAACU